AGGCGGAUUCUUGCAAAUGGUGCGGUAGAAACGUGUGAGUGGCAGACCCCUUGGAAGUCUAAACCAUGGAGGAUGAGGAGAGCGGAGUGCAGCCCCCGAGUGAGAAGCCGGCGCCCGGCUCCGAGGGCGGUGACCUGUGGAGUGUCACCGACACCAGCCGACUGCGGCGCUUCUUGUGCUUCGGCUCCGAGUGCGGCGCUUACCACGUCAAGGAGCAGAAGCUGGGCUUCGAAAAUGCAGAAGCCUUGCUAAGACUGAUCGAAGAGGGCAGGGGUUGUGAAGUUGUUGAAGAAAUAAAAGCCUUUAGCCAAGAGGGCAGAGCAGCAAAGCAGGAGCCCCUGCUUUUUGCCCUUGCGGUUUGCUCGCAGUGCUCUGAUGUGAAAACGAAGCAAGUGGCGUUUAAGGCUGUCCCCGAGGUGUGUUGCAUACCAACCCAUCUCUUUACUUUCAUCCAGUUUAAAAAAGAUCUGAAGGAGGGCAUGAAAUGUGGCAUGUGGGGCCGUGCACUGAGGAAAGCUGUUGCAGAUUGGUACAAUGGAAAGAAUGGCAUGGCUCUUGCUUUAGCAGUUACAAAAUAUAAGCAAAGAAGUGGUUGGUCUCAUAAAGAUCUUCUGAGGUUGUCCCACCUAAAACCUGCCAGUGAAGGAAUUGCUAUAGUCACUAAAUAUAUUACCAAGGGGUGGAAAGAUGUCCAAGAAGCUUAUAAAGAGAAAGCAGUUUCUAUUGAGACUGAAAAACUCUUAAAGUAUCUGGAGGCUGUGGAGAAAGUAAAACGCACAAAAGAUGAAUUGGAAGUUAUUCAUUUGAUAGAGGAAUAUGGUCUAGUUAGAGAGCAUCUCCUGACAAACCACCUGAAAUCUAAAGAGGUUUGGAAGGCACUGCUGAAGGAAAUGCCCAUUUCUGUAUUGUUGAGAAAUUUAGGAAAGCUGACAGCAAAUUCAGUGCUGGAACCACGAGGUUCAGAAGUGGCAAUAGUAUGUGAAAAACUGAGAAAUGAGAAACUGCUAAAAAAGGGUAAAAUACAUCCAUUGCAUAUUUUGGUUGCAUUAGAAACAUAUAAAGCUGGACAUGGAAGCAGAGGGAAGCUUUGGUGGCGUCCUGAUGAAGACAUUUUAGAAGCUUUAGAUGCCUCAUUUUACAGAGCUUUCAAGACACUUGAACCAACAGGAAAACGCUUCUUACUUGCAGUUGAUGUCAGUGCAUCGAUGACACAAAAGGUUUUGGGCAGUGUGCUCAAUGCGAGCACCGUUGCAGCAACGAUGUGUAUGGUUGUAGCACGUACUGAGAAGGAUUCCCACAUUGCUGCCUUUUCACAUGAAAUGGUCCCAUGUCCAGUGAUGGCUGAUAUGACGUUACCUCAAGUUUUAGUGAAAAUGUAUGAAAUUCCAGUGGGUACCACUGAUUGUUCCCUUCCAAUGAUAUGGGCUCAGAAAACUCAGAGGGCUGUUGAUGUCUUCAUUGUAUUUACUGAUAAUGAGACCUUUGCUGGAAAUACUCCUCCUGCAGCAGCCCUUAGAGAGUACCGAGAGAAAAUGGGUAUUCCUGCUAAACUGAUUGUUUGUGGAAUGACCUCAAAUGGUUUUACAGUGGCAGAUCCAGAUGACAGAGGCAUGUUGGAUAUAUGUGGCUUUGAUACAGGAGCUUUGGAGGUUAUUCGAAACUUCAUUUUGGAUUUGAUUUAAUUUUUCUAGGCAUUUGCUCUUCCCAGUGGGUCCAUUGCUGGCAACAGACUUCACCCUGGGAACUCCCAGGCAAAUAUACUUUAUUAGAAUAUGGCAUAUUAUAUACAUAUCAGAAUGUUACGUGAGGUGGUGGCAGUUCAAGCAUCUCUGACUAGAGCUUCUCACUAAGGUGUUUGUAAGGUUGAACAUAACUAUGGUCUCAUGCAAAUCCUAACUAAUUAAGAAAAACUCAGCACUUGCAUCUCUAGUGUCAAAAUAACUGUCAGUAGCCAGUGAUCCCUCUGCUACUGGAGGUGGCACCACAUGUCACCCCUGUCACGCCUGGGCUUGGUGCCACACAGGAACACCCUGCGCAGCUCGGACACUCCUGGUUGUGCCCGUCAGUUGAAUCAGGUUGCCCUUCAGAACCCUGCAGCACAGCUGGCAACCCUUCUCCACACCCUUUAAGAAAGGCACCUCGACUCCUGAACCACCUUCCUUGUCUCCAGCAUGCUUAUUUUCCCAAGGCAGUUUAGUUUUUUUUUCCCGUCCAUGCACUCGAGACUUUUCUUGGACUUAUUCCUGGAUCAGUCUAGGCACCACGGAGCUGGAGUUUCCCAGAGCAUCAUCCCUUGAGUGAUACCCACAGUAACUGUGUGCUCAGAGUCCUGUGGCCCAUCAAAAACCAGUCUGUAUCUGUUCCAGAGGGUAAACAGGACCCCCUGUCAUGACCAGAUAACAGCAAGGGCACAAUGUGCUGUACAAACCCUUGGUCCACUCAGCUUCAGCAAGGUCUGCCUGGCCAGCCUGGCCUGCCCCACAUGCAUCACCCCGUCCCUGUUGUCCUCCAGUUCCACAGCAUCCACUGACUUGAAGAGAGGGAUAGUUUUGCCUGGGCCUAUGGAAGAUGCCACCACAGCAAACAUUUCCAUGGCAUCGUGCCAGACCCUGCUCUUGCUGUCCACCAGUGCUGGAGUCAGCCCAAAUGCCAGCUUGGCCAAGUCCAGCUCCCCAGUAGGGUAAGUGAAGAAGGCCAUGAUGAUGACCACGUCCUCUUGGACUCUGGAGUUGUUGAGCUGCAGGUACUCUCACUGCAGCAGCAGGCCCAGCUCCUGCUGAGAAUGCGCUGCUUUCCUCAGCCACAAGAGCAGGGGCUUGUACUCCUGCUGGAUGGCCAGCUUCUUGUCCCCCCAGGACUUCACCAACAGCAGAGAUGAGUGGUGCCAGGAAGGCCUGGACCUGGUCACCCAGUGCCAGCAGAUGGAUCACCUUCAGUGCCCUGAGCACCACUUGGAGUAGUUGAGGAGUGUGUUAAGGAAGCUGAUGAGCCCCAGGAAGCCAAGGGCAGGGAUAGAGGUUGCUGCUGCCUGGCUGGCACCUCGAACCACCCUCUUCAGCUCCUCCACAGCUUGAGUGCAGUUCUUAUUGUCCUCCUGGUCCAGUAGGUGAGCCUGCAGCUCCUGGGUCAAAAAUCUGGACUUCAGGAUGGGCUGGAUGGGAGGCAGUGGUGCUGUGUCCUUACCCACCUGCAGACUCCUCCAGCUCCAGCCUAGGAGCAGAAUGAAGUCCCCAUAAUCCAAGAGGAAGCAGUGACCUGGUGCUCCACUUAAACAGAAACAACUCUAUGGGACCGGAUGCAAUCCAUCCAAGGGUACUGAGAGAGCUGGCAGACGAGCUGGCCAAGCCACUCUCCAUCAUUUUUCAUUAGUCCUGGCUCACCAGGGAGAUCCCAGAUGACUGGAGGUUGGUCAAUGUGACAUCCAGGAAACUACAGGUCUGUCAGCCUGACCUUGGUGCCGGGAAGGUUACUGAACAGAUCGUCUUGAUCACACAGCACAUGCAGGACAACCAGGGGAGCAGGCCCAGCCAGCAGGGGUUUAUGAAAGGCAGGUCCUGCUCCACCAGCCUGAUGAUCUUCUGUGACAUAGUGACCUGCAGAGUGGAUGAGGGAAAGGCUGGAGAUACGUCUGCCUGGACUGUAGGAAAGCAUUUGACGCUGUUUCCCACAGCAUUCUCCUGGAGAAGCUGACAGCCCAUGGCUUGGAUGGGUGCACUGUUCAGUGAAUAGAGAACUGCUGAUGGCCGGGCCCAGAGAGUGGUGGUGAAGGGAGUUGCCUCCAGCUGGUGGCUGAUCACCAGUGAUGUCCCCCAGGGGUCAGCAGGGGGGCCAGUCCUGUUUAACAUCUUAUUGAUCUGGAUGAGAGGAUCAUUUACCUAUGACCUGAGGUUGGGCAGCAGGAGGGUUGAUGGCCUGGAGGAGAGGAAGGUGCUGCAGGGGGAUAUGGGCAGCCUGGGUCCAUGGGCCCAGGACUAUUGGAUGAAGUUCAACAAGGCCAAGUGCUGGGUCCUGCACUUGAGUCACAACCACCCCGUGCAGCACUCCAGGCUUGGGGAAGAGUGGCUGGAAAGCUGCCUGGUGGGAAAGGAUCUGACCUGUAUCAGCAAUAGUGGGGCCAGCAGGACCAGGACAAUGAUUGUCCCU